AUUCAAAAGUUUCAUCGUAUAACAUUGGUGGAAACAUUUAACGUCCUUCUACCUGUUUCAUAAUCAAUAUUUAAAACAGGUUAGACGUACAAAUUACAUAUUCUGUGCUAGAAAGUCAAAAUGGUCGGACUCAAAGCCAUCUUCACAUGUUUCUUCAUCGCUUUGUGUAUCAUAAAGUGUACAAGUGCGACUGAAACAGUUUGUUCCAAGUUCUCGUAUGAGCAGGAAAUUAUUGCGAGUGUGCUUAAAAUGAAAUUAAAUGUUGAACAUAUGGAAAAGGAAAUAAAGAAAACACAAGAAGAUAUUUUAAAGGUGUUGGAAGACCAGAGGGAGAAAAUGGAGAUGUUUGCUAAGAACUACAUUACCGUUAGAGAUAUUCUUGUCGUUGUCAUGGAGAACAAAUCAGCAGAAGUUUCCAAAGUAUUAGACGACAAAACGGAUGAAGUUGAUAAAGUAUUAAAAAACAAAACGGCAGAAGUUGCAAAAGUAUUAGCGGACAAAACCUCUGUUAUUGAUAAAGUAUUAAGAAACAAAACGGCAGAAGUUGUCAAAGCAUUGGAUGACGUUGAAAAAAAAGUCACCAAAGCCGUCGUAGCAUUUUCAGCAUCUGCAACAAAACAUCAAACAAAUCCUGCCAAUGGUCAAACCAUAAUCUUCGAUGCAGUUAUGACUAACAUUGGAAACGCCUAUGACAGCACAUCAGGUAAAUUUCUCGCUCCUGUCUCCGGAACUUACGUCUUUUCCUGCAGCAUCUUUUCUGGAGGUAAUGGUGAAUUUUGGGCAUACAUGGCUGUCAACAACUCUGCAAAAGCGCAUCUGAACGAAAGAGGCACUAACGGACGACACGGAAUGGGAAGCCAAACAAUGAUUGUUCAGUUGAAUCCAGGUGAUGUAGUUACCGUGAACACAAAUUAUGGCGCCGGAACUGUUUAUGGGGCAAAGUACUCAACCUUCAACGGAUUCUUGCUCCUUUAGAAACUAUACCACACAUGUGUUACAAUCAAUAAACAUGUUAAGCCGUGUCCUGUGUGUUCAAAUUAUAAAUGAACACUUAGGAUAUUUGAUUAUAUACAUGUAUUAACACAUGUCCAGUCGAAUUAUUUUGUUUACUACGUGUUUACUAGGAGUAGGUUGACUUUUGACAAACAUGACUUGAAAUGGUAUUAACACUGAAAAUAAUGGAGUAAACAUAUAGAUUCCCUUAAUCAAGAACUCUUGUAUUAUCAAAGUGAUUGCAUUAUUUUGCAAUUAUUUCAUCAGAGAAACAAAAAGUGUUACGAAAAUAAAACAACUUUAAUAUUAUGAAUAUGGAGACCUUCACAUUUUCACCUUAUGUUUUAAACAAGUCUUAAAUAUGGGCACAACUGCCGAUAAUAACCACAAGGGGACAUAACUUAUGUGAAAGAAGCUGGACCUAUGACCAAAUUAUGUUUAUGGUCAUCGGUUGUGCUCUCCUUUUACAAUAUUACAAUAUGACCUAAAUAUGGCAAAAUGCAUUUUUCCUUUUUAAAAAGCUGUAAUUUAAACAUCCGUUUUGUUGGGUUUAAAAUCACACCGAAUCAAUUUAGGUAAUAUAGCGACUUUUUCAGCUUCUGACAGUGGAGGAAGACCCCAGGUGCAACUCCUGGUUGCUUCAGGCAUACAUGAGACCCUGGGUACAACCAAUAUCCUUAUCUUAGCCAGCUUGACAAGUUUCUCACAAGAAGAAUCAUGUACCCUAUGAGAGGUUUCGAAUCCACAUCAGUGAGGUGCAAGUGAUUCUAAGUCCAUGUCCUCGACCUUAAUCACUUGGACACAGAUGAUUUGUUCAGCAAUACUCAACGAUUUAAUUCAAGUAACUACUGCUGUUUAUGAGUUAUCGGUUUCUGCGCUGAAAAAAUAAAGUAUACCACAAGGA